GACAUCCCCAUCCCGCCCCCAUACACCCUACCCCACCUCUACAAGACUACACCGUCGGCAACCUGCCAAAAGCACCAGUGGCACAAAUCUUAACUUGAAUCUUUCGUCACACGAGAUUCAUCCAUUAGUCUACUGAAGGCCCUACUUGCGAUUUACAGUGAGACAAAGAAGAGGAGACAACCAUCCCCAAAUUCCUCUUUCUCUAUUUCAUCUCUAUAAUUCAAUCAUGCCAUCAGGUGCUAAGAAGCGAAAAGCUGCCAAGAAGAAGAAGGAGGUUAAUAACUCAUCCACAACUAACCCUCAUCAGGGGGAGAAUGAAGCUUCACAGGACAACCAAAACGCUCAAGAUCCAUCGGUAGAGGUGGAGAACAGAGCAGACGAUUCAUCUGAAAUCAAAUCUAAGGACGCAAACGGGGAAGAAAGUAAUAUUGAGAUUGAAACAGGUGAGAAACCCAAGAGCUCAAAUGGUAGUAGUUCGAGUUCUAGUGAUACUUCAGAUGAGGAUUCAAAUGAGAAGAAAGAAGUUGUUCUUGAACCUGAAGCUGAACAGACAACUGAUAAAGUUGAAGAGCUGGAGAUUCCCCCCAUUGUCGAUCCAGUUGAUGAAACCAAAGCUCCAGCAGUUGAAUCUUUGCCUGAAACAAUACCUGAUGAAGUUGUAGAAUCCGAGGUUUCCCCCAUUGUUGAACCAGUUAACCCUGUACAAGAGGCAGUAAAAGUGUAUGAUGAAACAAAGAACGAAGAGAGACAAGAAUUAGUUGUGCCUGAAGCUGUAGAAGAACAGAUUACCAUUAGUGAAGAUGCUUUGAAGGAUGAAAUCCCAAUUUCUAGUGUAGAUGAAUCAGUUUCAAAAGAGGUUUCUCAAGAUCAUGCAGAUUCAGUUGAGCACUCUGAUAGACACCUAAAACAGGCAGUGGUAGAUCCACCUCCAGGUCAGGGAGGUAAUUUCAGAAAAUUGAUCAUAUAAAAAGCCAUGGAGUCAUUUGAUGAAAUCUUGUUAAACUACAAAACAUAGGUUUUGUUCCAGAACAAGAGAGCUUCACCAAAUUCUGUUCACUGUUUACUGUGUUCUUAUUAUUAUUAUUUUUUUCUUUUUCUCUCGUGACACAAAAUAGUAUAUUUUUUCUUUUUUCAGUUUUAUUUUUGUGGGUGUGUUGUUAUGGAGCUUUUUUUUUUUUUGUGUGUG